AUGCUCCCUUAUGUUCGGAUUUUGCGUACGCCGGCUAUUGUGAUCGAGGAGCACACUGUGAGUAUCGCCACCUUCGGCAAUGUCCUGAAUAUGCGAGGACAGGAGAUUGCCAAGAAAUUCGAUGCCGGCUUCCUCAUGUUGAUCGAGCACGUCAGGCGAAGCAGCGAGACUUGUCUGAGUCUGGCACUUCGGCUGAAUCGAUGA